UUUGACUAUGCAAAGCCGGUUAGAGUGUCAUCGUGCUAGGAAUAUUCAUCAUACUGAUUAAUUUCUAACAAGUGGCGGAACAGCAGAGGCCUCUACAUCUACGAAUACCAUCGAGUCAACGGAGACCAAUAAUUAAAACCAGUUUUGCUUUUCGUUUUUCGCGUGUUUGGAUCGCCUCAAGUCAAGGUCAUUCCAAACUGGAGACAAUCACCCCGAUCUGGCUGGUAUGCUGCAGUUGUGGGGAUGCAGUUUUUGAGGAGAUGCACUUUUAUGUUUAUACGAAUAUCAUGCAAAUGUGUGAGAUGAAUGAUGCAAACGGAACAGGCGAAGACAUGGGUAUGAUUCGAUCCAAUCGACGCCGUCACGCCGCCGACGGGGAUGUGCUCGUACUAUGUAUGCUACUACGCAGUCUUUUCCUGUUUCUCUUCACUAUCCACCACGCCGCACCGGACACUCCAUUCCAGAACAUAUUCGAUGACAUAAGCUUCCUGUUUCUCUAUGGAAAUCGAACCUCACGCAUACCGGAUACAACCGUGUUCCGCAAGGAGUAUGACUUCAUCGUGAUCGGAGCCGGCUCCGGGGGCUCCGCUAUGGCCAAUCGUCUCAGCGAGAAUCCCAACUGGAACGUGCUUCUGUUGGAAGUGGGAACCGAAGAAAAUCUUAUGGUCAAUGUACCGCUGACAGCUGGAUUAACGACUGCUACUAAAUUUAGCUGGGGAUACUGUUCGGCCCCGAUGAAGAACGCCUGCAAAGGCUUAGAAAAUGGCGUAUGCUACUGGCCCAAAGGUAGAGGUUUAGGAGGAACCAGUCUCAUUAAUUUUCUUCUCUAUGGAAGAGGGCACAAACGGGAUUAUGACGAAUGGGAACAAGCUGGAAACUAUGGAUGGAGCUACAAGGACGUUGUAAAAUAUUUCGAGAAAGCAGAGCAGAUAAAAGGGCGCAAGCCUAAUCCAGAAGGAUACGUGCAUAUCGAACAGACUUCAUUUGAAACACCCAUGUUGAGGCGUUUCAUCGCUGCAGGAAAAGCCUUCGGAUAUGAAGAAAUCGACCCAAAUGCCCCAGUUCAGCUGGGAUUCUACAAAGCAUUGGCGACCAUGAAGAACGGUGAACGCUGCAGCGCUUCCAGAGCUUAUCUUAGACCUGUCGCAAAUCGUCCAAAUUUGCAUAUCUCAAUGAAAUCAUGGGCAACCAAAAUUUUAAUUAACCCGGAAUUAAAAACUGCAUAUGGCGUUGAAUUUACAAAGGACAAGAAACGAUACCAGAUAAAGGUAACCAAAGAAGUCAUCCUGACAGCAGGAGCAAUCGCUUCUCCACAACUACUGAUGCUGUCCGGUGUUGGACCUAAGGAUCACCUAGAACAGCUUGGUAUUCCAGUGAUUCAAGAUUUAAAAGUUGGAUACAAUCUGCAAGACCAUACGACACUUUCAGGGCUGGUGUUUACGGUCAAUAAACCAGUGACUAUUCGCGAACGGGAUAUGAGAAGACCUGAAUUUAUCCUAAAUUACAUGAUCAACAGAAAAGGACCGUUCACGGUUCCGGGGGGCGCGGAAGGUAUUGCAUUCGUGAAAACAAACAAUUCCGACUUACCGUCCGAUUAUCCGGAUAUGGAGCUGGUGCUGGGAACCGGAGCCGUCAACAAUGACGAAUCAGGAUCUCUGCGACAUACCUUCGGUAUGACGAAGGAAUUCUACAGCAAAACCUACGGAUCGGCCAGAGGACAGCAUGCCUUCGGUAUAGCCCCAGUAUUAAUGCGCCCACGAAGCCGAGGUCGGUUGUAUCUGAAAAGUACAAACCCGUACCACUGGCCGCAUAUGGAGGGUAGCUUCUUUGAUCAUCCCAAGGAUAUGUCGACGAUGAUCGAGGGCAUCAAACUGGCGGUGCGAAUCGCAGAAUCCGAGAGCUUUGCACCAUAUGGAGCGAAGCUACUCGGGACACCGUUCUACGGGUGCGAAAAGGAACCCUUCCGUAGCGAUGCCUACUGGAAGUGUUGCCUUCAGCAGGUUGGAGCGAGCAUACAACAUCAGGUAUCCGGAACGUGUAAGAUGGGCCCAUCCAGUGACCCGGAUGCAGUUGUAAACCCUGAACUACAGGUCUACGGCAUUCGUAACUUGAGAGUAGUGGAUGCAUCCGUGAUGCCAUUUCUACCGGCCGCUCAUACCAACGGAGUAGUGUACAUGAUCGGUGAAAAAGCUGCCGACAUGGUUAAAAAAGACUGGGCCAACAAUGUUGACAGUUGAUGGUUCAAGUAGUUCGUAUUGUUUUCUAUUAAAA